AUGGACAGGCCUUCUACCUCGAAGGCUCGUGGAAUAUGCAAAUACUAUCAAACCUCUCGGGGCUGCUUUGCCGGAAACCAAUGCAAGUUCUUACACGGAGAUCCCAAGGUAGACGACUCAGCCCCAAAAAUCACCCUUUACGACCAAGCCAAGACAUGCAGAUAUUUCGCCCGUGGGUUCUGCAAACAUGGUGACAAGUGCUGGUUUCGUCACGUACCUCCAAAGGAAAUAACGGCCGAAGUUGAUCCCAUUGACGAAGUUUGCUCGAUCUGCUUCGAGAAACCUGCGCUUUAUGGUCUACUUGCCGGGUGUAGCCAUGUGUUCUGCAUACCAUGUUUGAAGGAAUGGAGGGAUCCGAAACCCAAAUCAUUUGACGUCGUUCAAUCUGGAGUUCAUAAGAAGUGUCCUAUGUGCCGUACCCCAUCAAAGUUCAUUACUCCUUCAUCGCUGUUUUACAAACACAACGAUGUCAGGAAACAGCAGACAAUCUCUGCGUAUAGAGACAGUAUGGCUAGGGUUCCAUGUCGAUAUUUUCUUCAAACGAAAGCUAAAGACAAAAAGAAACCAUUCUGUCCCUUUGGCAAAGACUGUUUCUAUCAACAUUUGAACGACGAUGGAACACCCUAUAUUUUCGCCGACGGCGUUGACGUUUCCAUGCAGGUCAACAAUUUUUCAUCCGUUCUUCUUGAUUCGCUGACUUUUGCGCUUUCCUAG